AUGGCCAAGAGUAUCCGUGCCAGCGUUUCCAAGCGCAACCGCGCCACUUUGCGCAAGAAUUUCUUCGGUCCAAUCGUCGAUGCCAGAACCGAGAGACUCCACGCCAAGCUCCAGGAACUGGCCGAUAAGCCCCGCCCUGAAGCCCCAGAGAAGUCCAAGAGGGAGCAAGCCGAAGUUGAGGCUGGUAGGUGCAUUGCCCACCAUUCGCGGAUUUAGGCUUACGAACUAC